AUGUCCGACCUUGGCAACAGUACGUUGCAGAACGGCUCUCACGCAGAAGAUGUCAGCGCCGGCAAGCGACCCGCGGCCCAGACCAACGCAGGCCUGGUGACGGUGCAGCCGCUGCGACGCUCCGAGAUGCAGCCUUCGUACAAGCAGAACCUCGGCCUCGACACCGUCGACCACGGCUUCUACGGCACCAUGAUCAACGGCAUCGGCGCCGUCGCCGGCUUCUUCGGACAGUUGCCCUUCUGCUUUUGCUGCCCUAACCCGUUCAAGGAGAUCGAGCAAGGCAGCGUCGGCCUCGUCACCCGCUUCGGUCAAUUUUACCGCAGUGAGGACCCAGGACUCACGCAGAUCAAUCCUUGCAGUGAAAAUCUUAGGAAAGUGGACGUCAAGAUCCAGACGAGCAGCAUUCCCCACCAAUCCUGCAUUACGAGGGACUCAGUUUCCAUAGGAAUCGAGUCGACAGUCUUUUGGCACGUCUCCAACCCGUACAGGGCGGCGUUUGGCAUCACGGACGUGCGCUCUGCGCUGAUCGAGCGAGCGCAGACGACGCUGCGUAACGUCGUGGGUGGACGUACGCUGCAGUCGCUUGUAACGGACCGCGAGCAGGUGGCACUGGAGGUGCAGGAGAUUGUGGGCGACAUUGCGGACCGAUGGGGUGUGCAGGUCGAGUCGAUCCUGAUCAAGGACAUCAUCUUCUCCAAGGAGCUGCAGGAGUCGCUCAGCUCUGCGGCCAAGCAGAAGCGUAUCGGCGAGUCCAAGGUGAUUGCUGCGCAGGCCGAGGUGGAUGCCGCCCGUCUGAUGCGCCAGGCUGCCGACAUCCUUGCGUCCAAGAGCGCCAUGCAGAUCCGCGCGCUCGAGAGUCUGCAGGCGAUGGCCAAGACGGCCAACAGCAAGGUCAUCUUUGUGCCUAUGAACCUCACCGACCUCAACGGCGACUCGCUGCCUCCCGGAGGCACCGGCCCGGGCGCCAACGUGGCUCCGGCCGCGAGCGGAUCGCAGGGUGCUCAGUCCGGCACCAUGCUGAACACCGCUGCUCUCACCCAGCUCGCCGAGAUUGUGGCGUUCCGAUGUGGUGGAGACGCGCGUGGUGAGGCUGGUCAGCUGAGAGCACAGAUGCGACGAGAAGGGAGCGAGUGUGUGGCUGCCGGCAGUCUGUCGAGGAGACCCGCCGAUGAUGUCGGUAGAGCCGAAAAGUGGUCUCGCUACACGGCAUGUCCCAAGGCAUUGGCGGGCCCCGUCCGAGCUUUCCUUUGGCGUUGUCGGGAUCCGUCCGAGCGUUUACUUGGCCGAGGCAAUGCACGCGCACCUCAGCUCAGCUCCCGCACCAGCAUCACACUCUUUCUCGUCACGUUCUGGCCCAAGAAGCAAACCUGA